AUGAGUUAUAUUUCUAGAUCUUCCUCCUCUAUGCAUGAGGUUUCUUACAUAAGAGUGGCAAACAAAUAUUGUGUUUGUGGGAGGAAAUUUGUUAUUCGAAGGUCCGAUUCAUCUUUAAAUCCACAAAGGCUUUAUUACAAGUGUGAUGCGUGUAACAAUUUCAAAUGGUGCAAAGUUGUUGUUGACGAAAGUUCGAGCAAUCAACAGCAAGAAUGUGAGAGUAGGGGAAGGGGAAGCAUGGACACAAGGGAUGGAGAAAGACAGAUGAGUAUGCAUGCAGAGUUGAAGCAAUUAAAGAAGAAGAUCAAAAGGCAGCAAAAGGUUGUUAAUGUGCUUAUAAAAUUAGGGAUAGUUUUGGUUGUAAUCAUUGUAGUUGUGUUGUUGAAGUGA